UAUAUAAUUGUAAAGAUGAAAUAAUCAAUGUGGCCUCUUAAGAUUUCAGGGGCCUGCAAUGCUUAAAUACUUGCAUUUGCCUAUUGAUAGGAUCCCUUCCACGUGUUACAGUUCGAGUGCAUGCUUUGGUUUACCAUCCUUUCUUCCCCUUCUUGGGUUCAAAAUAUAUCUAUAUUGAAAGUCAUAGCUCUGGCAACACUGAUCUGCAAAGACCCAAAUACGGGCAUUUCAGUUCUGAUGCAGACGUUGCGUCCUAUUAAAUUGAAAUCGAUCUUCUGAUCUGACCAGUAAUGUAUUGCCCCAUGAUUGUGUGGCCAGGAAAUUUCUUUAUCCUUUUUGUUUUUUUCCCUAUUGUUCGAGGGUACAGUACACCAGCAAAAUGUCCAAGGCGCGUUUGUUUUCUAUAACGCAAUCUUUUUCUACGGAAAUAUAAAUGGAGAUUCAGAUAAUAAAGCUCGAUCUUUUGAUCUUUUCUCCAUCCAGGAGAAAAAAAAACUAUUGCUGCAUGAAGUCUGGCUUCCCGUAUCAGGAGAAUGCUGACAAUAAUGGCAUUUACGUUGAACCUUUAUUACACAAAAUCGUACAAGAAGAUGGAAUGUUCUACAGAUGCUUGAGAUUAACUAACUUAAACAUACACAAUAGAAGAGGUAGCUUAUUUUAACUAACUUAAACAUACCCAAUAGAAGAGGCAGCUUAUUUCCUGAGAAUUACCUGACAUGAUAAUAUCAAGAAGUAAAUAUUUCCUGGGAAUCACAUCGAGCAGCUGAGACUUGGGAGGAUCUAAAUUCCUGGAGCCGUAUAUACCUUUCCGAGUAGGAAGCCUAUCAAGUUAAGAUCCAAAACACAACCACUCAGAUCUUGCCACAUCAGAUAGGUCACACCAGGAUGUAAGGGUGACAAAGGAAUGAAUCAAACUACUCUCUUGAGCAAUCUACAACGGGCAAAAUCCUUAUCCCAAACCUCAACCACAAGGAAUGAAUCAAUCUACUGUCUCGAGCAAUCUCCAACGGUCGAAAUCCUUAUCCCAAACCUCAUCCACUCCCUCCCUCUCCCUCCACUCAUUCCUUCUCAUUUCCUUCAUACCAGAAACCACUCCCAACACACGAAAAGAUAAGAAUUCACAAAACCAAAUUUGGUCUAUACAAAAGGAAACCCACAAAGAAAAACGCUCUCCUCUUUCUCUCUUUAGAGUAAUUCUCUUCUUGUAGAGCUCCUGAAUCCAUUGUCACCAUGUCUUGCUCUAAUCUGACAAUGUGGGUGUCAUCAAAACCAUCUAUUUCUGACACCUCUUCACUUUCUUUCCUUUCUUUCAUCAGCCCUUUUCAGCUUCCUUCUCAAAGUUCAAGUCCCUGUAACCCUUCAAGGUCCUCAUCUGCAACCCCAGUUCACUGUAGUCUCCGUGAGAUUAGAAGUCGUAUUGAUUCAGUAAAGAACACACAAAAGAUCACUGAAGCCAUGAAGCUUGUUGCUGCUGCUAAAGUCAGGAGAGCACAAGAAGCUGUGGUCAAUGCUAGACCCUUCUCUCAGUCUCUGGUAGAAGUUCUCUACAGCAUCAAUGAACAAAUCCAGACUGAAGACAUAGAUCUUCCUCUUACAAAUGUUAGGCCUGUCAAAAAAGUUGCCUUGGUUGUUGUUACUGGUGAUCGUGGCCUUUGCGGAGGUUUCAACAAUGCUGUCAUCAAGAAAGCUGAAGCAAGAAUUUCAGAAUUAAAGGAGCUUGGACUUGAUUAUACUGUAAUUAGUGUAGGGAAAAAGGGUAACUCAUAUUUUAUCCGUAGGCCUUACAUUCCAGUGGAUAGGUUUAUAGAUGGUACUUCACUCCCUACAGCUAAAGAAGCUCAGGCCAUUUCAGAUAAUGUUUUUGCACUCUUUGUUAGUGAAGAAGUUGAUAAAGUAGAGCUUUUGUAUACCAAGUUCGUGUCGUUGGUUAAGUCUGAUCCUGUGAUUCAUACUUUGCUGCCACUCUCACCAAAGGGAGAGAUCUGUGAUAUAAAUGGGGUUUGUGUUGAUGCUGCUGAGGAUGAGUUCUUCAGAUUGACAACCAAGGAAGGGAAACUGACAGUUGAGAGAGAUGUUAUGAGGAUUGAGACAAAGGGAUUCUCUCCCAUUUUACAGUUUGAGCAGGAUCCAAUUCAGAUUCUUGAUGCUUUAUUGCCUCUCUAUCUAAACAGCCAGGUUUUAAGAGCUUUGCAGGAAUCAUUAGCUAGUGAGCUUGCUGCUAGGAUGAGUGCCAUGAGCAAUGCUUCUGAUAAUGCCCAGGAAUUGAGAAAGACCUUGUCUAUUCUCUACAAUCGGCAGCGUCAAGCGAAAAUCACAGGAGAGAUAUUGGAGAUUGCUGCCGGUGCCGAUGCGAUGGCCUAAUGAAUUUGCGCUUCUUCUUUUCCUAACAAUCGUGUUUCUUUGUGGGUAUAAAAAAAAUUUAUGAGUAAUUUCCUUCUCAUUCCUAUAUCCUUGUUUAAGAACAAUUAUGCAGAUAAGAUAGUACUUUUUUGCAUUGUAAUUCUCAAAUGCGCAUAAACUCUUUGCACGAUGAGAACUGCAAUGUGUUUUCGAAUUGAAAUAGAAGAGCAUUCUACCCAUCUUUGUAUGUUAUUUUUCCCCCUAAUUACAUGUAAAAUACUUGUUCUAGUUGGAGUUUUUACCAAAGGGUCCCCUUAAUUUGCUUCCAUUCUUAGUCCUUGAACGGAAACUGACAGAUGAAUCAAGCUUCAUUCUACACAACUGCUUCAUAGCAGAAGCAUCAAUAAAGCCUUAGUUUCCCUUCUGUGCUCUAAAUUUGAUCGAAAUUCAGACCGUUAAAAUGUUGCCUUUCCAAAAGGUCUUGCUGAUAAAA